AUGUCUGACCAAUCUAAUUUUAUGAUUAACUUCUUAAUGGGUGGUGUCUCUGCUGCUGUUGCAAAGACCGCUGCUGCCCCAAUUGAAAGAGUUAAAUUGUUGAUCCAAAAUCAAGAUGAAAUGAUCAAACAAGGUACUCUAGAUAAGAAAUACAACGGUAUCGUUGACUGUUUCAAAAGAACCGCCGCUCAAGAAGGUAUCAUCUCUUUCUGGAGAGGUAACACUGCUAACGUUAUCCGUUAUUUCCCAACUCAAGCUUUGAACUUUGCCUUCAAGGAUAAAAUUAAGGCCAUGUUCGGUUUCAAGAAGGAAGAAGGUUACGCUAAAUGGUUUGCUGGUAACUUAGCUUCUGGUGGUGCUGCCGGUGGUUUGUCAUUAUUAUUCGUCUACUCUUUAGAUUAUGCCAGAACUAGAUUGGCUGCUGACUCUAAAUCUUCUAAGAAGGGUGGUGAACGUCAAUUCAACGGUUUAGUCGAUGUCUACAAGAAGACCCUUGCUUCUGAUGGUUUCGCUGGUUUAUACAGAGGUUUCUUGCCUUCCGUUGUUGGUAUCGUUGUCUACAGAGGUUUGUACUUUGGUAUGUAUGAUUCUUUGAAACCAUUCGUUUUAACCGGUUCUUUGGAAGAUUCUUUCUUAGCUUCUUUCUUAUUAGGUUGGGUUGUUACCACUGGUGCUUCUACCGCCUCUUACCCAUUGGAUACCGUUAGAAGAAGAAUGAUGAUGACUUCUGGUCAAGCCGUUAAGUACAAUGGUGCCAUGGAUGCUUUCAGAAAGAUCGUCGCCGCUGAAGGUGUCGCUUCUUUGUUCAAGGGUUGUGGUGCUAACAUCUUAAGAGGUGUCGCCGGUGCCGGUGUUAUCUCUUUGUAUGAUCAAUUGCAAAUGAUCUUCUUCGGUAAGAAAUUCAAAUAA